AUGGAAGUAACAACGGCUCCGGCGGAGGAAUCAAACGGUAGUGCUGUGACGACGUAUGAGCUCUUUGCCCCGAGUCCCGAGAUGGUAAAGAGCCGUCACUAUUUCAUCCAGCCGGAGCCUAAUAUUCCUUCACAUUCCGUCACUUUCUUGAUCUUAAGGAACUUGAGGUGUAGGAAGCAAAAGAAGAAGAAGAAGAAGAAGAAUCCAAUACUAGAAAGAAUUUGA